AUGACGUCAAAAGAUUUAUAUAGCAAGGGUUCGCAAGUUUGGGUUUCACACCCAACUUUGGUAUGGGAACCUGCAGAAAUAACAUCGGAUUACAAUAAUAACGAAUUGGAAAUUGAGUUUGAAGAUGGUAGAAAAAAAAUAAUUAAAAUAGAAUCAGAAAACAGUCUUCCACCUCUAAGGAAUCCUGAAAUUCUCAUAGGAGAAAAUGACUUAACGGCUUUAAGUUACUUACAUGAACCUGCAGUUUUACAUAACUUAAAAUAUAGAUUUUGCUCCUUAUAUACAAUUUACACCUAUUGUGGUAUAGUUUUAGUUGCCAUUAAUCCAUAUGAUGAACUUCAAAUUUAUGACAACGACACCAUUUUGACUUAUCGUGGCAAAAGUCAGGGUGAUUUGGAUCCCCAUAUUUUUGCUGUAGCAGAAGAAGCUUAUGCCAAACUUGAAAGGGAAGGAAAAAAUCAAUCAAUUAUCGUUUCUGGUGAAUCCGGCGCUGGAAAAACGGUUUCCGCUAAAUAUGCAAUGCGAUAUUUUGCUACCGUGGGAGGUUCAUCGGAAGAGACGCAAGUUGAGAAAAAAGUAUUAUCUUCCAGUCCUAUAAUGGAGGCAAUUGGAAAUGCUAAAACAACUCGAAAUGACAAUUCAUCAAGAUUUGGAAAAUUUAUAGAAAUUAGAUUUAAUAAAAAUUUUCAUAUUGUCGGUGCUUCAAUGAGAACUUAUUUAUUAGAAAAGAGUCGAGUGGUUUUUCAAGCUCCUUCAGAAAGAAACUAUCAUAUAUUUUAUCAGUUGUGUUCAGCUCGUGAUAAGCUACCCUACUUACAUUUAGAUCACGAAGAUAAAUUUUUGUACUUAAAUCAGGGAAAAAGUUCAACUAUCGAAGGGGUAAAUGAUUAUAAUUUAUUUGAAGAAACUCUACAAGCCUUAAAUAUAUUGGGAUUUAAUAGGUCCGACCAAGAAAAUAUGUUUAAAAUAUUGGCGGCAAUACUACAUCUAGGUAAUGUAGAUGAUCCUCAUUUGAAAAUAUUUUGUAAUUUACUUGAAUUAAAUUCGGAUCAAAUGAGGCAAUGGCUGUGCCAGCGAAAAAUAACGUCUAUGAGAGAAGUUUUCAAUAAGCCAAUGUCGAUACACGAGUCGACAUCAGCCAAAGAAGCUUUAUCGAAACACAUGUAUGCUCAACUUUUUGAUUGGAUCGUCACGGUUAUAAAUAAUGCUUUGGAAAAUUCGAGAGACAAAACUGAUCACAAAAUAAUCGGAGUUCUCGAUAUAUACGGAUUUGAAACAUUUGAAAUUAAUAGUUUUGAACAAUUUUGUAUAAAUUAUGCAAAUGAAAAAUUACAACAGCAAUUCAAUCAGCAUGUUUUUAAGUUGGAACAAGAAGAAUAUUUAAAAGAGGAAAUUGAAUGGAAAUUUAUAGAUUUUUAUGAUAAUCAACCAUGUAUAGAUUUAAUAGAGAGUAAACUCGGUGUUUUAGAUUUACUCGACGAAGAAUGCAGAAUGCCAAAGGGCAGCGAUUUCAGCUGGGCUGAAAAAUUGUAUAAAGCAUGUAUCAAGUACAAACACUUUUCGAAACCCAGAUUCGGGGCUUCAUCAUUCAUUGUUCAACAUUUUGCCGACUCCGUUGAAUAUCAAGUUGAUGGCUUCCUGGAUAAAAAUAGAGAUUCUGUUAUUGAAGAGCAAAUCAAUGUGCUUAAAAUGUCUCGGAAUGAAAGCGUUAAAAAACUAUUUGGUAAAGAUGAAAAUGAGACGCCGCAGGGACGUGUCAAAAUAACUCCUUCAAAACCUGUAAUGGAAAAAUCAAAGCAUAAAAAGACUGUGGGAUCUCAGUUUCGAGAUAAUUUAAACUUGCUCAUGACAACUCUUAACGCUACCACUCCGCAUUAUGUGCGUUGCAUAAAACCAAACGAUUUUAAAAAAGCUUUCGAUUACAAUCCUCAAAGAGCCGUUCAACAACUGAGAGCGUGUGGAGUCCUUGAAACUGUGAGAAUAAGCGCUGCAGGAUUUCCUUCCAGGUGGUUAUACAAUGACUUCUUCGCCAGGUACCGAGUUUUAUGUAAAUUUAAAGAUAUAAACAGAUCGGACAUGAAAGCCACGUGUAGUAAAAUUUUACUAAAUUACAUUACGGAACCAGAUAAAUAUCAAUUUGGAAAAACAAAAAUAUUUUUCCGAGCUGGACAAGUUGCUUUUUUGGAAAAACUGAGAGCUGAAAAACUCAAAGAAUAUUGCAUCAUAAUACAAAAACAAAUCAGAGCUUUUAUUCAGAGAAAAAAAUAUUUGAGAAUAAAACAUUGCAUUUUUCAUUUACAAAGAUACAUUCGUGGAUAUUUGGCUAGAAAGCAUGCAUUAUUCCUGAAACAAACAAAAGCUGCUACAACCAUGCAGAGAUACGUAAGAGGAUGGAUUGCUCGAAAUCAAUAUGUAUACCUGAGAAAUAUAAUUAUUGGAAUUCAAACACACAUAAAAGGAUAUAUUGCAAGGAAGAAGUAUAAGGAAAUGUAUUACAAUAAAAAGGCGAUUAUUAUUCAACGACACGUGAGAGGAUUUCUCGCUCGUAAAAAGUAUAAAAAAGAUCUCAAUCGCAUCAUUAUUUGUCAAAAUGCCGUUCGAAGAUUUUUUGCCAAAAAGAAAUUGAAAGAACUCAAAAAGGAAGCAAGAUCCGUCGAACACGUUAAAAAAUUAAAUAAAGGAUUAGAAAAUAAAAUUAUAUCACUCCAGCAAAAAAUUGGGGAACUGGCAAAAGAAAAUAAUGUACUUAAAACGUUUCAAAACGAAUGUAACGAACUCCGUGUUAAAUUGGACGCUUUGAAAAACGUUGAAAAUGAAAUGAAAAAAGCCAUGAAUCAUUUGAACGAAAAGGAAAAAAUAAUAAAUAAUUUGAAUGAGAAAAUAAUACAAGAGCAAAAUGAAAAAAUGGACGCUUUGGAAGAUGCGAAUAAGAUAAAAGAAACGUUGAACAAAUUUAUGGAUCAAAAUAAAAAUUUAAAAGCCGAAUUGGAUUCCAUAAACGAAAAAAUAAAGAAAAAUCAAUUCGGCGUUGAAGAAAAUAUAAAAGCCAGGAUAGAGCAAGAAAAAACGAUUCUUAUUCACGAACACGAGCAAGAUUUGGAAAAUUAUCAAAAAUUGUUGAAAGAAUACAGUUCGUUGGAACAGAAAAAUGAACAUUUGGAAAAUCUUAUUGAAAAAUUGACUUCCGGUCAUUCGAGAUCACCGAGCGAAGCAAGUUCAUUACAUUCUAGUCGGACAUCGACCGAAGUUGAAAACGAUGAUUUCGGAUACUCAUCUAAUAAAUCGACAAUUUCUCGAAAAGACGAUUUUGACACACUGGAAAAAGAUCGUUCGAUUUCGGAGUACAACACGAUGAGAUUAAACAAUCAAACGAAAGAGGUUCCGGAUAUCGAUGUAGGUUUAGUUUUAAAAUUACAACAAAAAUUAAAAGACGUCGAAAACGAAAGAGAUAAAUUAUUUCUCAAAGUUGAAAGUUUGGAAAAGGAAGAUAGUCCCACGGAAGAAAGACAAAGAACGAUGGAUUCCAUUAGGCUUGAAAAUUUAGAAAUUGAAAAUGAAAAACUUAAAAGUGAUUUAACAGUACUUAGAGAAUCUUUGGCAAUGGGUGAUCCAGGGACUAAAGAAUUACUCAAUCAAUUUAGGGCCUCUGAAAAGGAAUUAGAUCGGAGGCGAGAUGAAAUAGUUCAACUUCGUACGGUAUUGGCCACGCAAACCAAAGGUUUGAAAAAUAUAGCAAAAAUAAAUUACGGAAGUUCGAAUGAUGUUAAUUUAGAUGUGAUUAAUGAAGAUGGAGAAUUGAUAAUGGCUUUUGAAACUCAAAAGGGAAUAAUAAGAAGUCCUCAAUCUCAAACCGAAGGUUAUAUGCAACAUGAAAUUUCACGUUUGACCGCUGAAAAUUUAGAUUUGCAAGAAAAAUUUGAUUUGAUGCAAGAAAAUACAAGAAAGUUGAAAAAACAAAAUAAAGCCCUGUUGAAAAAACUAAAAGAACUUGAUCAAGUGGAAUCACAAGAUCAAAAUGCGAUUUCCAAACCUGAUAAUAAAAAAUAUAAAGUGACAGAUGAAGGUAACAACACUCUUCCCAAUGUUAUGAUGAAAAAAGAAAGAAAUUACCAGGGAAUGUUCGAAUACAGGAGCGAAGACGAAGCUUUAAUUGUUAAACACUUGAAACCUCGCGUUGCCAUGUAUUUACUACCGGGUUUACCAGCUUAUAUUUUCUUCAUGUGUAUAAGACAUACGGAUUUUGUUAACGACGAUGGUAAAGUUCGAUCGUUACUAACUGCCUUUAUAAACGCUGUUAAGAAAUUAAUUAAAAAGAAACAUGAUGAUUUAGAAACGACGGUUUUGUGGUUGAGCAACACAUUACGGUUGCUUCACAAUUUAAAACAAUAUAGUGGAGAUAAAAUAUUUCAACAGGAUAACACUCCCAAACAAAAUGAACAAUGCCUUCGUAAUUUCGAUCUCAAAGAAUAUCGUCAGGUUCUUUCCGAUAUGGCCGUUUGGAUUUAUCAGGGUGCCGUAAGAGACCUUCAGGAAAAAAUAAAUAGCCUCAUAGUUCCUGCAAUAUUAGAACACGAAGCCAUAUCUGGAUUUUCGAAAGGUUUAGCCGGUCGACAAAGAGCUUCCAGCGUGUCGAAUGCCACAGAAAACACUUCUAAUCCACAAGUUAAAUUAGAUGCUCUCAUUGGGGAAUUGACAGGUUUCCACAGGAUAUUUGCCAUAUUCGGAGUUGAUCCUGAAGUCAUUUCUCAGAUUUUCAGACAGACGUUUUAUUUUAUUUGCGCAUGUUCCUUGAAUAAUUUACUAUGCAGAAAAGAUUUGUGCAAUUGGACGAAAGGAAUGCAAAUAAGAUAUAAUUUGAGCAAUUUAGAAGAAUGGGCCAAACAACAUUUGCUCAAAGAUUCCUCAAUAACGGAAACUCUUCAACCCAUAAUACAAGCGAGUCAUUUGCUACAGGCAAGAAAAGAAGAGGAAGAUAUAAAAUCCCUCUGUGAUAUGUGUGACAAAUUACCCGAACCAAGGAUCGUAAAGCUUCUUCAUUUGUACACUCCAGCAGACGACUACGAGAAAAAGGUUCCAGUUUCUUAUUUGAGAAAAAUUCAAGCAGAGCUUAAAAGUAGAUCAACUGGCGAUCAACCCGAUUCACCUUUACUAAUGGAUACGAAAUUUGUAUUUCCCGUAAGAUUUCCCUUCAAUCCAUCCAACAUUCGUUUGGAAGACAUUGAAAUACCAGGAGAUUUAGAUUUACCUAUGCUAAAAAAGGUUUAA